AUUAAUCAUUCAAAAUGGCGUUGAAAGAGGCUGUUCACGAAAGUAAGGACAAUUUUAUGGCAUAACGUUGUUUAUUUCGUUUAUAUAUUGAAAAAAAAAAAAACAAUUUUGUUUAAAUUUUCAAAUUUAUAUUUGAAAGACUGAAUGGUUAUAAUUUUUAUAGGGUACUGAAUAUUGGUUCAGCUUAUUAGUGACACCAAGACUGUCAUUACCCAGUCAUUCAUUACUCAGCUGUCGUCGAUGUUCAAUCAUUGUCAGCCACAGCAGUGAUUUCUUCAAUCACCGAACUGAACUGACAGUGACUGAAUGAGUCAUUGAAUUAUGUGUCAUUGAGUGAAAAAUUAAACUGAGAUCAGGUUUUUUUGUAUUGGAAUUAAUACGUGUUCUUUUUUGCAGGCUCUUCUUGUUGAAUGAGAAUGGUGAUAAUAAUUGGUAAUAAAUUAUAAAUGGUAGCCACAGCAUAGCAGCUCAGGGUUAGGGGACGGGAAAACCUUAUUCUGUAAAUUUUGGGUUAACGUAAGUAGGAUACCAUGGUAAAGCAAGGGAGACUUAAAAAUGUGUAUUGGAAUUGGGCGUCGGCGCAUGAAAUUCUGAGUUUUAAUCGGUUGUAUUUGCUACUUCAUUCAUAAAAUAAUUACUAUACCCCACAAUUGCAUUCCUUUUCCGGCAUUUCUCUUUAAACUUUAGAGGACAUCUUCAAUCACCUUGGCCUACAUUUUAAUUAAUUUCUUAUUCCUUGACGAUCAGUCAACUUUGAGAAAAUCCUUGGUGAAUAAAAGGUAACUUACAUCACAAAGAUUAAGUCGAAGUUAAAAAUAUGUCAUUUCAUAUAUAUUUUGGAUUUUUUACGCAUCUCGGGUUUAUAUUAAUCUGCCAGUGUGCCAAUUUUCAAAGCGCUAUGUCUUCUAUGAGAGAGCAGUAUAUUAUGUAGGUCGCUCUACCCAAAUUUGAUAGGAUGUGACCACGCCCCUUUUUAAUGGAGAAAGAUGUUGAUAUUUGAGAAAUAUUCAAUUAUUAUCACUAUUUACAUCAAAACAUUGGAAUAACUUAUGUUUUAGAGGGAACUUGAAAGGCAUUUAAACAAGAAUAACCUCAUUUGAGGUUUAAAAACUUGGUAGAGUCCAUAUUAUAAAUUAUCAUAAUUUGCAGUGUGCAAGUGCAAAAUUUUUUAUUGGACAACCAUUCACAGCCACUUGCAGAGUGGCUAUGCUGUAGUACUAUCUCAAAGUUUUAUUCAUAAGAGUUUGCCAUGUACAAAAACUAUUAAACUAUUGGUCAGGGAAAGCUUUAAUUAAUUAGUUAAUUAAUAAGGGGGAGCAUUUCCUUAUAUAGAUUAUAUUAUUUUAUACCUUCAGAUAGUCAGGGGCUUACUGUAGACUAUAGAUACUUGUUCUAAUGCCUGUUCAUUCGUGAGCUGAUCCAUCCCCAUUUUAGGGGUUGGGGGGGGGGGGGGGGGGGGGGGCCUGAAAAGUGGAUAAGCUGUUGAGAAGCUGAUCCCAUAAAAUAAUAUGCAAGUGUCAGCAAUAUGCUACCAAAGAAUAUUUAGAAUUAGGGAUGAAGGCCAGCCUUAUGUAAGCUGUAAUUGCUUAUCAUAACAUUGGGAGUGUUGUUUGUUUAAGUUGAAGAACAAAGUGAUUUCACUGACAGCAUGGAUGGAUGUUUUGUUAAAUUUAUAGUUUUCAAAAAGCUUUAUGUUUAUACAGAAAAAUAUGUUAAUAUAGUUUGUUUUAAAGCUGCAUAAUGAGGAGUUUUCUUGUAGGUAUAUACUAACAUAUAGGUCACAUUUUUUACAAUUUUUUUGUUUUUACUACACAUAAAUUUUGCUUACUGUUGUUCAGUGCGGAAUAUACAUUUUAUAAGAAAAUUCCAGGAAUUGUUUUCUCCAUUUUUCCAGUGUACACGUUUAUAAAAAAACAAUUUUUUUUAAGAUUACGAAGUUCAUGAAGAUUGCUUUUCAGUUUUCAAGUUGUUAUGGAAACAUUUUGUGACAUGUGUUUAAGAAAUAUUAGCUAUAUUUACAUGUAUAUUUACAUGAAAAGGAGGCAUGUCGCUCACCAAACUAAGGUUGUGAACACCUAUCUGAGGGUCAACUGAAAAUACUAUCUACUUACAGUAUUUUUGCCUUAUGAUCUCUUGUGAACAAUGGCAGAUGGAAAUAGAGAGAAAAAUAAAUUUAAUCGUGAAAUUAAAUCCUUCAUUUUAUUUCAAAAGGAAAAAUUGAUAAUUAAGUUAGGUGCAGAUAUUUGUUAAUAUUUUAAGCUUCAGGUAAUAUAUCUUGGAAUCUUGUAGACUUGCCAUAGUCUAGGACAUCUAUGAUCUACAGUUACAAUUUCAUUAUUCAAUGUCUCUUGAGGAUAUUAUAAAAAUCUCACAUGACCCACUCUUAAGCCCAUCAUCCCACUUAUUCCUCCCUUCCCCCUCCCUUCCAAAGGUCUGCUUUAGAAAGAGUAUUUAGGAUAGGUCUCCUCAUUAGGGUUAUUUAUUCAUGACAGAAUAUUAUUAUUAAAGAUGUUGCUCCUGGAUCACCUCACUCAGUGUGACUUGCUUCAGCCUUUCCAGUCGGCAUAUAGGGGCAUCACUCUACUGAGUCAGCCCUCUUGCAGGUCAUAAAUGACCUUCUGUCGUCAUGUGAUGAGGGCCAGGUAUCCAUUUUGUCGUUACUUGAUCUAUCAUCGGCGUUCAAUAGGCUUGACCACGGCAUACUUCUCCAACGUCUGCAAAAGAACUUUCGGUUUCACCGAUACCAUCCUGAGAUGGUUCCGCUCAUAUCUGACAAAUCGGGUCCAAUCAGUUAUCGCAAACGGCUUGACCUUGAAGCAAUCUAUUAUCGAUUUUGGAGUACCCCAGGGCUCGGUCCUAGGCCCGGUGCUUUUCACUAUGUACGUUCAGCCCUGGGUGCAGUGAUCAAACAGUUUGACAUGCUAUAUCACAUGUUUGCGGAUGAUACCCAUCUUCAGCAGUCCGUGAUCUCCUCUCAGUUCCCUCAGCUUCUUAGAAGAACACAGAAAACAGUGGAGUCGGUUAAGCACUGGAUGACUUUAAACAAGCAAAAAUUGAAUAAUGAAAAGACUGAGCUGAUCCCCAUUGCUACCGCUCAGAAGCUAAAAUCUGUAAUUACCACACCAUCCCUUACUCUCUCAGUUGUGCAGAUUGAGUUUGCUCAAACAGUGUAAAACCUGGGUGUGUACUUAGACAGAACACUAACUAUGGAAAAUCACAUUAACAUGCUUUGCAACGCAAUUUUGUAUUGUUGUGUUUUGUAUUUUAUUGCGUUUGAAGCCUUAAUUAGGGAAUGCCACAUGUUUUGAAAUGAACUGUAUUAUUAUUAUUAGAUUUUUUAAAACAAAUUUAGUAUAAUAUUUUAUUUUCAAAUCACAGUGUAAAUUUUAGUCUACUUGUAAAUUUUUUUUUAAUUCAACAAAAAUCUGUACCAUUAUUUUUUUUUCAAGCCUCCAAGCAACAAUCAUGUAACGGAUUAAGAAGUUUGAACAUAAAUAAUCUUUAAUUGCUAUUGAUGUUGGGGUGGGGUGUAAUGUUCUAUUUUUUAUAUCAAAUUCAUAAUUCAAUUUAAUAAAAGUUAUAAUUUAAAUCAAUGAAAGUAAGUUGUGAAUUUUACUUUUUUUUUUAUUUUACUGCUAAUACUUAAGUUAAGAUAUCUAAAUUGGUUUUCUAUUGUUGGUUGUAAAAUAUUAGCAAGACUCUAGUCAUAACCCAUCAACCACUGAAGGCAAUAUGAAAAUCUGAAAGCUUUACCGAUGGAUGGACUUUUACAUGGGAGUCUAAUGUGCUUUUUGAUUUGGAUGAAUUGUAAUAAGUCUUUUUUUUUUUUUUUAAUUCCCCAGAGAUUAUCAACGAGGUGAUAAGACAGCAACGAAAGUCAGGAGAAUGGAAAGUACUUGUUGUGGACAACCUCAGCAAACGAAUGAUUUCUGCGUGUUGCAAGAUGCACGAAAUCAUGUCAGAAGGAAUCACACGUAAGUAGUGAUUCCCUCUCUAUUUUCAUAUAAAUGUAAUGAAUUUCUACAAAAUAUCUCACGCACGUCUAAUUUCAUAAGUCUUUAUUGUUCUGACAUUGAUUCUAUAUUAGUCUAUAAUUAGCUACAUAGUUUAACAGCUUUGUCUCAAUUUCAGUGGUAGAGGAUAUCAACAAGAGAAGAGAGCCUCUUCCUUUGUUAGAGGCAAUAUAUCUCAUUACACCUAUUGAUAAGGUAAAUUAGACACACAAAAAUUGUUUUAAAAGCAUGUAGGUUUACUGUACUGACCAUUUUUAUUAUUAUUCUUUUUAUAGUUAGAAACUAUUUGUAUACAACAGACCACUUUUAAGCGUUUUAUAAGAAAACUAGAAGCUAUGCUAAAGACAAUUUUUUAAAUUUACAUUAUUAUUCCUGUCCCACUAUUUUGUCCACAGUCGAUUAAAACGAUGAUCGCUGAUUUUCAAAAUCCUAACAACACUCAAUAUAAAUCUGCUCAUGUCUACUUCACAGAAGGUAAGCAGGACUUGCAUGUAACCAUGGCAACUCUAUUGUUGUCCCUGUCCAAAUCCAAGAUUACAUCUAGUAAGCCAGAGGCAUAUUUUGUUCCUUAAUGUGUGAUUUAAAUUACGAUGACUGUGUUCUCUCAGAAUGGCAUUAACCUAAAGUCGUAGAGAAAUCAUUGGUCGGGUGCCCUAAAUGAAAUUGAUAUCUUUAUUUCAGCAUGUCCAGACGAGUCGUUCAAUGAGCUGUGCAAGUCGACAAGUGCAAAGUUUAUAAAAACUCUUAAGGAAAUAAACAUAGCAUUUCUGCCUUAUGAAUCUCAGGUCAGUUGCCAUUCUAAAUGAAUUACAUAGUUAAAUGUGGUUAGUGAGACAUUCUUGGAGGGGGAGCAGAUUCCUGUCAAUAAUCUAAACAUAAGGCGUAUAUUGAGGGAAUCCAUCUCAUUCAUAUUGAUCAUAAGAAUUAACAUAUGCAUAGGUAAAGUAAAAAUUGGCUUGCUUUAGCUGCUUUUUCAUGUAUUAGCUUUACAGCUUUAUUCCUAGCAAAAGAAAAUAAUUCCUAGCAAAAAAUAAUAAACACCCAUGCUGAAGUUCAAUUUAGAGGGAUAUUUUUGUGUUCUUUUUUUUUAUUUUUUUUUUUUGUGUGUCUUUUGUGGGUUCGGGGUGCAAAAUGCAUUUUCAUCACAACUUGUUUACUUCCAUUUAUUGUAAUCAUUCCCUUUCCAUCCUUAGGUUUAUUCCCUUGACUCAGCAGAGACUUUCCAGUUCUACUACAACCCCAACAAGUCAUCAGGGCGCACCAUUAACCUAGAAAGGUGUGCUGAACAAAUUGCCACCUUGUGUGCUACAUUAGGAGAAUACCCAGCUGUAAGAUAUAGAUCGUAAGUUUUUAUUUUUUGAUGUGUUUACCAAAUUAUUUUUGUAAUCUUUAAAAAUUAUUUGCUUUUUUUACUCUAUGUUUUAAUGUUUUAUUUUUUAUUAAAGGCAUUUGGCUUCAAUCUCACCCAUUUAUUUACUAUUUUGAAUAUAAAAUGUUAUGCUUAAGUAUCUUUUCUAUAAAAAGAUGACACAAUUUAUACACACCUGUGGUGAACUAUGGAUUUUUAAAAAUAUUUUGAAAUAAAUAAAUGCCUCUCAUUGGUUAACAAAAAAUAUUUGCAGUAUAAACAAAUCAAGAAAGUGAGUUAAAAGCUUUAUCUACCUAGCAUCAACUAUUAGCAUACAGAAGACAUUUUAGGUGAACUGUACAAGAAAUAAUGUCAACAUUCCAAUAAAGUUAAUGUGUAGUAGAAAUUGUAAAACCCAAUAAUUUAAAGGUGCCAGCUAUAGGCAAAGUUAUUUGUGAUAUUUGUUUUAUGAUCUUACUGAAAGAAAUUAUUCCAACUUGCUUCAGAAAUAUAUUCAUAUAUAAUUUUACUGGGAUGUAAUUUUAAAGAACAGUUAUGCUAUAUUGGUGUCUUAAAGAGUUGUUUCAGAAUAAUAACUUUUUAGUUAAAAAGUCGAUGCAAACUGAUCGUUUUUAAACAUUGUUUUUUUUUUAAUACUUUUUUUUUAUCCUAUGAAAUAUUUGAAUAUUUACAACCAGAACAUAUGUUUUCUUGUUCUGGUAUAUUGUAUUGUACAGUUCAUGGACUAUAAUAUUUUAGCCUUCUAUUUCAGAGAUUAUGAUCGCAAUGCAGAGUUUGCACAACUAGUCCAGCAGAAAUUGGAUGCCUACAGGGCAGACGAUCACACUAUGGGGGAGGUGUGUGUGAUAAACUUAAAACUUGACAUUCUCUAGAAAUAUGUUCUUCACAAUUUGAAAUGUUUUUUACUGCCUAUAAGGAGCACCAAAAGCUGUUGUAAAAUGUUAUUUACUGCCUAUAAUGAACACCAAAAGCUGUUGUAAAAUGUUAUUUACUGCCUAUACUGAACACCAAAACUAUUGUGAAUGAACAGGAAAGUUUCACUUUGCUGUAAUUUUGUGUGAUCGCUCCACCAGGGUCCACAGAAAGAUCGCUCCAUGCUGUUGAUACUUGACAGGGGGUUUGAUCCGAUUUCCCCACUGCUUCAUGAACUGACAUUCCAGGCCAUGGCUUAUGAUCUGCUGCCUAUAGAGAAUGAUGUCUACAAGUAAGACCCUCUGAGAUCUUUAUGCUGAUAUUUUUAUUUUUUACUUGUUGAAACUAUUUUAAUUGAACAAGAAUAUUAAGUUGUCAUCAUUUCUAUCCUUUUAUUCUCACAUUCUGACUCUUCAUACAUGACGUCACCUGUCAUCAAUAAUAGAGACCAUGUUAAAAUUCUGACACUAUACUUGACAUCACCUGUCAUCAAUAACAGAGACAGUGUUAACAUUCUGACUCUUCAUACUUGGCAUCACCUGUCAUCAAUAACACAGAGUGUAAACGAAGUGCCAGCUGAUUGCUAAUGGUUUUAUUGGUCCACCUUGUUGCACUGCAGGUAUGAAAACACAAGUGGUAAUGAGGUGACAGAAAAAGAGUGUCUGCUCGAUGAGAAUGAUGAGCUGUGGGUAGAGCUGAGGCAUCAACACAUGGCCAUUGUGUCUCAGUAAGUUUGGUAAUCAAACUCAAAAUAAGUAUGGACAGAUGCAUAUCUUGUCAACAAAAAAUUUAUGUCACCAUGUUUGUCAUUUUGAUGGUUAAGUUAGAAUGAAAUAUUAUUUAAAGAAGAAGAUACUAUGUGUCAUUGCGUCAAUAUUGGAGCUCGGUAAAUUACUUAUACUAAAAAAAAUAUAUAGUUCUUCCUGUCCUGAGAAGAGAUGAGUUCAAUGACUUAUUAGCGUUUGUAUGGAUGAAGUUAAAAGAAAAUUUUGGAAUAAGUUUUGAGAUAAGGAUGUAACUUUUUUUUUCCUAUUGUGGGCAGUAACAAUAAAUAGUCAUUAAAAUUUGGCAUAACAAGACAUGUGCAGUAUCAAAUUUAGGGCAAAUUUAUUUCAUUGUAAUUCAGCCUUGUCUUUGAAAUAUUUUACAUGGAAGGACACUUCCUAUACUUGGCUUUUACAUUACAUUUACAUAUAGCUUUAUAUUAUCUAUAAAUUCACCAUCAACAGUGUACCAUGGGACUUAAUUAUAAGUGUGAAUUAUUCACAGAAGUUUACUGCAGACUUUUUUUUCCUUUAUGAAAGCUUUUCAAACUGAAAAGGGUUGAGUGACUGAGAAUUUAUGUUCAGAGCUCUAUCUCCAAAAAAUACUUAUCCAUCCUCUUUUUUUAAAAAAUCCCAUCUCUUUUAGACAAGUGACCAAAAAGCUGAAACAGUUUGCCGAGUCCAAGCGCAUGAACACAUCAGAUAAGACCAACAUAAGAGAUCUCAGCCAGAUGUUGAAGAAAGCACCCCAGUACCAGAAGGAGCUCAGCAAGUACUCUGCUCACUUUCACCUGGCAGAGGACUGUAUGAGGCAGUAUCAGAAGCAUGUCGACAAGCUGUGUAAGGUGGAGCAGGUAUGUGCUGUAGGGAGGUCACUUUAUUUUCCAGUGCUAGGUUACAUAAUGAGUGUGUAACUUCAAUAUGUGGAUUAAAUAAAACUAUUUCCUUUGGAUAUCUACCAAUCAACUUUUUUUUAAAUGUUUUAUUUUGAUUUGCUGUAAGACGUUUGUUUAUUUUCAUGUUAGGCUAAUUUUUUAAAUUGCAUUUUUAUUUCUGCCUAAAUAGUUCUGGGUUCAUGACAAAAAUUAAUCUCAUGUAAACAUUCUGUUUUAAAAUAAAUAUAUGAAAGGAAGUUUCACAGAGAGGAUUGGCUAAUUUAUAUCAAAUUACAAUGCCAUACAUUUUCUAGGAUCUGGCCAUGGGCACCGAUGCAGAUGGAGAGAAAAUAAGAGAUCACAUGAGGAACAUUGUGCCCAUCCUCCUAGACCAGAACAUCACAGCUUAUGACAAGAUCCGAAUUAUUCUUCUGUACAUCAUACACAAAGCUGGUCAGUUGCUGUUUAAUUCAUGAAAUGUUUCUGUGGUGAAGGGUGAUUUAAUCUAGUUUACUUUAUGUCUUCACAGAUGAGACUGUGUUAAUUUCACUAUAGCAUUGAUAUAGAUCAAACUGUUUCUGUCCUUAAAAACUCCUGCUACACAACUGAUAUUAGCUCAGGGGCAGGCAAAUUUGAGUCUCACACUGAUCAAGAGAUAGGCAGGGAAAGGCAAAUAGAAUCUUACACUGGUCAAGAGAUAGGCAAAUAGAAUCUCACACUGGUCAAGAGAUGGGCAACAUAGGCAGGAACAUGCUAAUAGAAUCUUAGGGAAGAGAGGGAAAACACAGGCAGGGAAAACACAGGCAGGGAAAACACAGGCAGGGAAAAGCAAAUAUAGAAUCUUACACUGGUCAAGAGUUGGGAAAAAUAGGUAGGGACAGGCAAAUAAAGUCUGAGGCCCACAAUACUUCCCCAUGUGGGCCACAGGUUUUCCCACUAUUCUUCUCCACAUGUUUGGACACUGUACUUCCCUACAUGUGUGCCACAGGAUUCCCCACCACUGUAUCAAUAUCUGUAAAUGGAUGUCCAGGUAGAUUGAGUUGCUACAAACAAAUUUAUGUUGUGGAUCUUAUGCUGGCAAAUCAUAACAUCAAUGAAUCCAAUUCCAUCUCAUGAUAUGUAGGUUAGAACUUCAAGUACAAUGGUGCAUGUUAAUCUUAGACUUAGGUUUGCAGUGAGAACCUUGUGAACAAUUCCCCGGUUUCAUCAUCUUAUGUCUGUGUUUAUAAAGGCAUAUCUGAGGAGAAUCUGGCCAAGCUGGUACAGCACGCACAGAUCCCCAUGGAAGAGAAGUGCAUCAUCACCAACACUCAGAAUCUCGGGGUGCCAAUCAUCCAAGAUGUGAGUUGUUUCAUGUAACUGUCUGUGGGGCUGUGCAAAGCUGUAGAUUUGGUUGUUCUUUCCAUUGGUCAUAAUAGGGAUAGAUCUAAUAUAUUUUUUAAAAACUAAGUUCUUAAAUUUAAACAAAAUAUCUAAAUUAACCAGGGCUUUCGGGCAAAAAGUAUAAAUUAGUCUAGGCGUUGCAUGAUUUGUUCAAUAUAUACAAAAGCGUUAGACUUGGUGGGCAGCAGCUGCCCACUACAAAAGCGUUAGACUUGGUGGUCAGCAGCUGCCCACUUGACAGGUUAGACUUGAUACACAGCAUAGGUUGUCAGCUAGUUUCUUUCCAUGCAUGUUUCUAGUCUUAGAUCACUUGCCACAUAAGCCAAAUGGUCAGAUUUUUCUUAAGAUUCGGUUUACAGUGGUGGCGAAUCAACAAGGGGCUCAUUUUUUAACCCCUGUAAUAACUCUAUUACAUGUCUCUAGGAUAAAGGGUUCGCCUUUGACUCUAUCUAAGGUAUUGUCAAGUGAUUCACUACUCGUCCCUAGGUAAAGGGUUGGCCUAUGACUUUAUCGAAGGUAUUGUCAAGUGAUCCACUACAUGUCCCUAGGUAAAGGGUUGGCCUAUGACUUUAUCGAAGGUAUUGUCAAGUGAUCCACUACAUGUCCCUAGGUAAAGGGUUCGCCUAUGACUCUAGCGAAGGGUUGGCCUAUGGAUUUGGAGAGUUCAUGGCUAUUUUUUAACCCUGUAUUCAUCAUGUUUGGCUAAACUGAUAUGAGGUCGCUCAUAGAAGAGCACUUCCUGUUCUGCAUCAAAUACAAUCAGAGAAGAGCUCCGUUUUUAAAAAAAUAGCAUGUGGUCUAUAUUGUAAAAUUGCUUCUAUUCUGACGACACAAUGAAAAGAAAAUAUUUUUGCGAUUGGAUGAUUCAGUCAAGAUUCCAAUAGAAUUCUUAAAUAACUGAAAUCUUUAUGUAUUGAAUUUAGAAACUGUUAAUUAAAUAUGUAUUUCUAAAAACCCGCAAAUUGCAGGAUUCAGAUUUAUUUCCACACAUAUAUAAUUGAAAUGUUUUUGUAAGCAUUAUGGGCUCACUGAGUGGACAUAAGUUCAAUUUCAAGACAAACUCCCAUGAUAACAUUGGAUACAAAGCCUGUAGAUACAAAUGCAUGAAAGCAUGGCAUGUUCCACUCUAAUGGUUAAUCCUCAUACCUCAGUUUUGAAUUGUUCAAGUUUGUGAUCAGACGGCUUCAUCACCACAUGUUUUUGAUUACUGAGCAGAUAAUUUGAUAAGGGAAAUAAAUGUGGCAUUCCUCAAAAUAUCAGCAUUUGUUACAUUUUAUAAUCCGUUGAAAAUAUUAACAAUUGUUUUAUUACAAUGCAGACCCUAGCAUUACUACAGUCUCCAUUCACAUAAUUACAGUAAGGACCAGUUCAAUGUGUCCAUGCUUACUGUCCUUAGUGUUGUUUUGGGGUUGUGCACUUUUGUCUUUUGAGAUCCCUUAUUUUCUCUUAAAUAUUGUUUAGUUAAUAGAUGUUAGUGUAAUAUUUGUUGUUAAUUUUUAAAGAAAACUAUCUAAAAUUCACUUAAUGUAAUUGCAGAAUUUAAAUCUUUCAUUGAUUCAAAAAAAAAAUAACAAAAAGCCAGCUCAUUGUAUAUUGAACAUGGAUCAGAGUAAAAACUAUUUAGGUAUAGUUUCCUUGAUAAGUCUACUUUAUCAAAUAUCCUUGCAAGCUUAAAGUCAGUGCCUUUCACAUCUGAUAUUUACUUCCUAAGUGCAUGAUUUUUUUUAAACUGGCUUUAAUAUUUACAAAUUUAAUGAUCAGUGAAAUGAUUUGAGUCCAUAAUGUUUUUGUACUCAAACAAUGCAUUUUUUAAAAAUUGCACUGUUUCUGUUAAAAUGUAGAAAUUUAGAGCAAAAUCAUUUAUGAUUUCUUAAAUUGUUUUGUGGAGUUGAAUGUACUAAACAUUUACAGUCUCCUUUUAAUUCAAUUGAUUCAUGUUUCCAGUAAUAUUUCUGUCAGUAUUCAUUUCUGUAAUGCAUAGCUGCAUCAUGAUUAUUUUUAUUUAAAUCACCAACAUCACAUUUUACCUCAAAGUUUUUUGCUAGCACACAUUUUUAAUAUUUUGGCAAUGACAAUCUAUCUAUAGAAUAGCUAUUUAUAAUUAUACAUAGCUCAUUCCAGUCAUGAAAAGUUGUUAAAUACAUUUUAAAUAAUGACUUUAAACGAAUCUCACCUAAACUGAGUUUUGUAUAUAAAUUAUAUUAUUUUUAAAGAUUUUACCGAAAUAUAACGGAUUACAUUAGUAUUUUUCACAAUUACAUCAGAUGAGAUAUGAAGGAUGUAAAACCUUGACUCUGUACAGAUUGACACGUUAAAAGGAAAGUUUUUCCUGCUAAAAUUAUUCUACAUUGAAAUAACUAAUCCCAAAGAAUUUGACGUGAAGCUCCGCUACUUUUCUCUCUCCUCUCACGCUUCUGAUUGCCGCCCUUAGCCCACAACGGGUAAGAAGGGUAUUCUCAAUGAAAGUUAUGGAACAUUCCAAGGACAGGUAAAAACUCCCAGGAUCCUGCUUGGUAAUCUCCCUUCGUUUACAAACCGCAAACAUAAAUUAUGGCUAAGGGCUCAUUCAAAUAAAUUUAUCCUCACUUGAUGUUGUACUUAAUUCAGAAAUGAAUUGCAUGAGUUUUAUUUGGCAGUUGUUGAAAUUAAUUGCUUGCGUAGCAGGAACACUACUGAUCAAAAAUUUGCGGUAUGAAUAAUGGCUACUUAAAGACUGCUGUCAUUGAGUAAAGUAAUGGUGACAAAUCAUUACUAGCAAGCAUUAGGAUAGCAUAUGUUUUCUUUAUCACUGAGUCACUUGGAAACGGUUCUGAACAAAGAAAUCCUCAGCUUGACUAUCACACCCAAGUCAUUUCUUGUACUGUUAUCAUUCAUUUUGUGUUGGUCUUUUUACUGAUUUUUAAAAAAAAAAAAAUUCUAAAAAAAGGUCAAUAAAUUGUGUCUGUAAAAAAUCAGUGGGCAGCUCUUUAAGGGACAUGGAUCCUAGAAAGAUUAAUCACCUCAAUUCAAUUAAUUAUGCACAGACACAAAUCUAUAGAGAGAGUGGGGAGAGGGAGAUACCUAAUUAUAGGCACAAAAACAUGACAAAAAAUACUGUUAGCAGAUGAAUCUGUUCAUCUGCACUCUAUCAGCUGGCACAAAGAGUUUGCAGGAGUCUAAGUCAGAUGCAAAUUCAUAGAAUUAUAUAAGUGACCAGAUGGAGCAAUGGAAUUUAUUACAAAAUGAGUUAAUAAUACACUUGAUUUUUAAUCUAUAACAGUAAGCUAACAUACAGAAACUAUGAUAAACAUUGUUUUGAAUAUUAUAUUAUAGAUUAUUAUAUAGAUUGUUGUUUUUUUUCAUUAGUCAAUUUCAAAAGUGUUUAUACAAUUAGCAGACAAACUUUUAUCACUGUGGCACUAAAUUUUAGAAGAAGUCUGAGGGAUUAUGACAGAACAUAUUUAGGUGGGUGCUAAAUAAUCUCCCAGUCGAUAUUAUUGAAUGAGCCCUUCCUCCAUGUAUUAAUACACUUCUCAACCAUCCAUCCAUUCAAAUUUUCAUUUUUUUUACAAAAUUCCAAUUUUUCGCUUUAAUACUUUGGUUUUAAUUAAUGAUAACCUCUGCUAUAUUUUAUUUAUUUAUUUUUUUUAAAUUUUUGAAUCCAUCAUGCCCAUCUUCAUUAUUUUUUGUAUAUUAAAUUUGAAUAUGAGUUUGCAUGGGGGAUGGUGGAACAAUUUGUACAGCCUCAAUUUUUUUUUUUAUCAACUCUUGUUAACUUGAUUUUGGGAAACAAAUAAACAGACACACUACAUAUACAUACUAAUCAAUACUAUAGCUAAUAUAUUCAGCAUUAUCAGUACUAAUCAUUAAUAUGUGGGCAUUUAAUAAACUACAUCACUGUAGCAUUGUACUGUCUCUUGAAAAUAUAACAGUGAGGCUUAUUUUUUAGGUCUUUUGAAUCAUGUACAUAAUUAUACAAGAAACCAGCCAAAUAUAAUGGACACAAUUAUACAAGAUACCAGCCAAUUAUCGUGUACACAAUUAUACAAAAUACCAGCCAAAUAUCAUGUAUACAAGAUACCAGGCAAACAUCCUUUACUAUUAUACAAGUUACCAGCCAAAUAUGUACAAAACUAUAUAAGAUUCUAGCCAAAUAUCAUGUAUACAAGAGACCAGCCAAACAUCAUUUACUACAAUUAUACAAGAGACCAGCCAAAUAUCAUGUACAAAACUAUAAGAUUCUAGCCAAAUUUGAUGAAUACAUUGUAACAUAAAAUUGUACACUUCUCUCUAUUUUCUUCACAAUUCAGAAGUUAUAGAUGAAAAUAUGAUUAUAAUGCAACUGUCAUUGCAGUUAUGCCCUUCUGUUUUAUCUACACUAUCCGUUUAGCUGUGUUGAAUACAUCCUUAGAGCUUUUCUUCUUUGGUUUGCCUGGCCUUUAAAAUACCUGACAAUGUUAUAUAGCCAACCCCAAGCAGUCAUGGCUUGCCGUGAGAACACAUUGUUAUUCCACAUGCUGGACUCUGAAGCUCAAACAUUAAAACACUGAGAAGCAAAGUUCUUUUUUUUUGUUUUUUUUUUUUAAUCAAUCAUUGAGGGUUUUUCUUCUUUGGUUUGCCUGGCCUUUAAAAUAUCUGACAAUGUUAUAUUGCCUACCCCAUGCAGUCAUGGCUUGCCGUGAGAACACAUUGUUAUUCCACAUGCUGGACUCUGAAGCUCAAACAUUAAAACACUGAGAAGCAAAGUUCUUUUUUUUUGUUUUUUUUUUUUAAUCAAUCAUUGAGGGAAUGGAGCUUUUGUCAUUGUAUGAUUUACUGGUGGUCGUAAGUUGACAUUUUAGUUGAAUUUUUUAAAUUCAGCUUUUCAAUGAUAUUAUGUUUGCUUUGACAAUCCUGACUAUUAUUUUAAAAUAAUUUGUCUUACUGUUUAUUUUAAAAAAUGUCAUAUUCAAUGUAAAGACUUACAGUGUAAGAAUAGACUGAUAUUUUUAAGACUUUCAUGUUGCUUAUGUUGUAUAUGAUUGGGAGGGAUAAUUGGGGUGCAAAAGGGUGAAAAUGUAAUCAAAACAUAUUUAAGGAACAUUUGAGCAAAUUUUUGCUGUGGGGGCCCAGAAAGUUCUUAAAACAGUUUUUAAGUGAAAUGUCUUUGAACACACAAAUUAUAUAUGUAAACUAAUAAAGUACUUGUCUGCAAAAUGGCUGUUGAACAGACAAAUAAUGUAUGUGUGUAUAUAUAUAUAUAUAUAUAUAUAUAUAAAUAUGUUAAAAGUUAAUGGGGUAAAGGGUAACGUUCGUUGUUUGGAGAUUAUAGUCAGGCAGGUUUGUGUUGUUUAUGUAGACCAUUCUGCGUGACGUUAGUAUAAUGGUGGCAUAUACACUUAUGGACAUGUUGCACUAAGCAAGCAGUUUCGAACAUCUUUUUAUCUUGUCCUUCCAUUUACCUGUACAUCAAACUUUAAUAGAAGUUUUUAAGUCCAUUAAUUGAGAGAUUAUGUCAGCUAGGCCUGUUUCCCACCAUUUUAAUUAAGCUGUGGGUUGGUAUAUUUUAUUAAAUAAAAUGCUCUUUUCCUCAGUCAAGUUUUGCUUCUACCAGCAUCAUUUGGAAAUUGAUCAAGUCAAGGAAGACAUUUUUUAGUUUUGUUGAUUUCAAGCCUACUAAAGUUUUUUAGUUCUAACAUCACACGCAAUUUUGAACCAGGUUUAUAUGAACAAGAGUCUCAAAUCUUUUCAUCAUCCAAUAAGUUUUCCCUUGCUUGUCUUCUAAAUCAACAAUUCUUUCUGGGGGGUUAAAACCAUCAUCUUAAGGCGACAAUGUUUUUGUUUGUUGGUUUAUUAUUAGGGUGGCAGGCGUAAAACUCAGCAGCCGUACCAGCCAUUUAAUCGUAAAGUGAGAGCCUCGGAGCACACCUACCAGAUGUCCAGAUGGGUACCUUAUAUUAAAGAUAUAUUGGAGGUAGGUCAAUGCAAAUGAUGAAAGAGCACGGUUGACUGAUGUAAGGUUAGCCAACCAAAGUUAGAUUGACAGCACUAAAAUCUGAAUGGUGUAAAGUUCUUUCCACAUUUCUUGGCUUAUACUUAUACUGAUCAAAUCAAGGGAUUUAUUCAUUCAGACCCCACCCCCCCUGUUUGAUUAUUUUUUAAAAGUCACACAAAAAAACAUGUUAAUUUAUGCAAAUAAAAAAUAAGUUUUGCCACACAACCCAAUUUAAAUUUUCAAAUAAUAUGAGAUGGCCAGCCAUGUGUGGUGUCAGGCCAUGUGUGGUGUCACAUUACAGUGAUGAAUGGCCAGAGUUUUAAAAUAUGUUUUAUACUUUAUACUCAGCAGCCUCUGUCUUUUAAAAGGACAACAAUGCUAUUUAAUGAAAGUAACUCGGUUUGAAGAAUGUUGAAAAAAUACAACACUUAAUUGCAGGAUGCUAUUGAAGACAAGCUAGAUGCCAGGCAUUUCCCAUUCUUGGCUGGUGGAGCUAAUUCAAGACCACACAUUCCAGGACCACAACGCAGGUAAAUGAGAAUUGGAACUUAGAUUGAGUUUUGACAAUGAAGGUUUUAGUCAAAACUUUCUUUUCACUGUCCUGUAUUGUUAUUUACGGUGUCACAUAUCCAUUUCUUACUAUUUGAUAGUAACCAAUAGCAAAUGUUCAAAUAAUAUCCAUCCAUUCCUGUGGCGCUACAGUCCAUGUAGGGCUUUGGCCUGUCUCACAAAUACUGUUCAAAUACUACCCAAUACCAAUUUUCUCUCCCUUUUUUCAGGGUGGUGGUGUGGUUUCCAUGUAUGAAAUUCUUCUAAUCCUGACAUUUACCUUUUUUUUUUUUUUCAGUGCCAGAAACUAUGGACAGUGGCAUCAGGAAAAGGGUAAACAAAGUUACAAAUCCGGCCCGAGACUUAUAGUUUUUAUAAUAGGCGGUGUGACCUACUCUGAAAUGAGAUGUGCUUACUCUGUGACACAGUCAGUCAAGAACUGGGAGGUCCUCAUAGGUACUUCAUUUAUUUAUUGAUUUUCAAGCUGUUAAAAAGCUGGAGCUCAUCUGUGCUAAAGAAAUGUUAACAAAUUUGUUAAAAGGCUAGCUAGCCGCUGGUAACCAAGAGUUUUAAAAGAUGACGUUGUUGUGGUCUGUUUGUACAGAAUAGCUGUACCGGGUAUCUCCAAUCAAUCAAAAUUGAGAAUGUGUUGACAAUUGUCUUGUCAAAUGGUUACUAAGAUAGCUUUAUAUUUGAUGAAAUAAACUGUUGAAAAGAAACAUCUAUUUAAUUCAUUAUUGCCAUGGCUUCCAAUCAUAUCUGCUCUGGCAUGGCUCCCAGUGAUAUCUGUUGUGGACUUCUGCUUCCAGAAUGUUGGUUUUUAAAGUCAUUUUAUUUGGAAAACAUAAUUCUUUAAGAAAAUGUAAGUUCUUUUUCCUUCACAAAAUCCUCAAAACUUCUUUCCUUUGCUUUAAAAUAAUUAUUGUUGUUUGGAUCUGGGAUGUCAGAAUAUGUUGUAUUCAUUUUCUGUUACAUUUACUCUUAAUCUUAUUUUUUUUCUUAUUCUUAUAAGUUCCUCUUUCUUAAUCCUACUUACCCAUACCCAUACUUGUUUUUUUUUUACUCUUAUUCUUAUUUAUUUUUUACCACAUCUUCAGGUGCGACCCACAUUCUGACACCUGAAGGCUUUCUGAGUGACCUGCGGAGUCUCAGCACUAGUCAGACCUGAUUGAGGUGGAAUUAAGCUUUCUCACAAACUUUAUUUUUAAGUCUGUGUCCAGAUUUUCUUUAAACACAACUAUCCCUCUUAUAUAAGUGUUAGAUUUUGUGAUUCAAAUUGCAACCAGCCUACUUACUAUACAGCUGUCCAUCCAAAUUUAAGAAACAUUUAUCAUUAAGUCCAGCAACAGUGUUUAUAACAACAAUGUUUAUAGUUGUACUCAAUCAUUUUGGUGCAUUCCGUUUUUUUACAUUUUUUCACCCAAAAAAAAAAACAUUUGAAUUUUGCAAAGGAAUUUUUAUGUAUAGUAUGUUAGGGAUUUGUAAUAUAUAUUUUUUGUGACGAUUCCCAUUUUUUUCUAUACUCAUAUAUGUAAUUAAUAUCUUGAGUCCAUUUUUUUUUUUAACAUAGUGGUUUACUCCACAUGUUACAUACAGUUGAUGAACAUGCUCUGAUAUUCUUACAUCACUUCUGCCACACACAUCUCCCUCUUGGAGCUUUUUAUUUUGUUAGCUGCCUCCGGGAACAAAGUGAUUUUUUCAUAAUCUGAGCAUCGGAAACUGUGGGGUUGAUUUUAUUUGAAGUCAAGAUUACAGACAAGGGGAGUCAACCCAUGCCAUGCUCCAGAUCCUGUAAAAAAAUAUUUUACACCAGAACCACAUGAGCGUCAAUAGGAAAUUUGUGAAUGUUCUUAUGGUAACAAGCAGCUCACCAACCACAUGGUUUAACGAAACACCACAGUGUGAUGGAUGCACCCACAUGGCUUAAAGAAACACCACAGGGCUGUGGAUGGAACCACAUGGUUUAACGAAACACCACAGUGUGAAGAAUGCACCCACAUGGCUUAAAGAAACACCACAGGGCUGUGGAUGCAACCACAUGGUUUAACAAAACACCACAGUGUGAUGUAUGCACCCACAUGGUUUAAAGAAACACCACAGUGUGAUGUAUGCACCCACAUGGUUUAAAGAAGCACCUCAUGACCAUGGAUGCAACCACAUGGUUUUAGGAAACACCACAGUGUGAUGGAUGCGCCCAUAUGGUUUAACGAAACACCACAGUGUGAUGGAUGCAACCACAUGUUUUAAAGAAGCACCUCACGACCAUGGAUGAAACCACAUGGUUUUAGUAAAUACCACAAGGCCAACACCAUGGGCCAUGGACGCAACACAUUAUUUAAUUUUUAAAGAAACACCACAGGACUAUGGAUGCACCGCAUGGUUUUCAGAUUUUCACCUAGCCACCUAACACAUUUUAAAACAUUGUGUUAUAAAUUUGCAUAGACUUCUUGAUGACACACCUAUGCACCCUUUGCUUUUAAGGGGAUGGAUUCAAUUUUUCCAAAUCUUGUUCAUGUUUUUGUUUUUUUCCCCUUCUUGUCAACCCUUUUCUCCACCCGCCAUUUUAUCGGUUACACAACCAGCUUUCUUAUGUCAGUUGGUUAAAUUUUAUCACCUCCGUUUUUAUCCUUGAUACAUAUUAGUUACGUCCCUUUAUAUUAGUUUUCUCCACUUCAUUUUUGAGCAUUUGUAUUAACGUUUUUAAAUAUUUUUUAAUGAGUUUUUUUAAAUUUUGGUUUGUCUUGUUUUUUCUUUGAGUUGAAAUUAAAUAGAAGUGUUAAGUGGUACAUCUCAAAUUUAUAAAAUGUAAGAUAAUGUGUUUCUUAUUAAUUCCCCCCAGCAGUCAGUCUUGCAACUGUGUAAAUAGCCUGAAUCCCAGAUCAAUUUUUCUGUAUUAAUUUGAUUGAUUGUUGAAUGUGCAAUAAUUCCAUGCCUAGCCAUUGUGCAAGGUUUAGCUGUCAUACUUUUAUAGACUGUUAUGUUAUUAACAUUCUCAAACAUGUGAUAUUUUUUUUUUAUUGUUGAUUCUUGAGGUUGAAAGAAUAAAUCUUGUGUGUGGUUGAGUGGGUGCAUUAUUUUUGUUCAACUGCACUAAAUGAAAUUUCUGUGUCACAAUACGUGGAGUAAUUUUAUUUUAUAUUUUCAUUAAAUUAUUUCAGUAGCUGUGUUUGACAGGUAUGUUGUAGUUGGUCAGGUAUGUUGUAGUUGGACAGGUAUGUUGUAGUUGGUCAGGUAUGUUGUAGUUGGUCUAAAUCUUUGAAGUGAAACAGUGGUUAGAUUAAUAAAACAUAAUAUAACUGGCAUGUGAAGGAUGUUAAUAAUGGCAUUAGACAUAAUGGGCUGUUAAGUACCAUGCCUCUCAACCAGUGUCAAGGUUUGAGUGUGUGAAAGUACACAAACCUAUCGCUAUCAAAGAAGCAUCUCCACACACCAUGGGCCUAAAGACACAAAGGUGGGGAAACACUCAACUCUGCUGGCAAGUCCAAUUCUCUGACACCAUCCAAAAUUUUGUACACUUUCUUGGUGCAAUUUUUGUUUGUUUACCAUCUUGAGCAACUCUACUGUGUUGUUUUAGACCAGCGUUUCCCAAACUUUUAAGUUUCACGGACCGGUGGACAAGUUUCGAAACUGCACCAGGGACCGGUGCCAGAUUUAUUAAUUACAUUUUAUUUCUAUUUAAACAUCAAUAUGCAUGCUCUCCGGACCGGUAAUGUAAGGCUUGCAGACUGGUCCAUGGACCGCCAUUUGGGGACCACUGUUUUAGACCAUCAAAAAAACCUAGCUUGUCUGUCCCAGUCCAAAAAAAUAUUCUAAAUUAAACAUUUUUCUUUCCCCCCCCCCUCCACCUCCCCUUUUCACAAUUAAGAUUUUCUUAUUUCAUAUUUAAUUUAAAUACACACUGCAUUAUUCCAUAACCACUGCCAAUCAAAAAAACCUACCCUUUCUUUCCCAGUCCCAAAAAAUAUUCUAAAUUAAACAUUUUUCUUUCCCCCCCCCCCCUCCACCUCCCCUUUUCACAAUUAAGAUUUUCUUAUUUCAUAUUUAAUUUAAAUACACACUGCAUUAUUCCAUAACCACUGCCAAAUUCAAUUCUGUGGGAGCCCUCAGACUUCUUGUGGCAUUCCAAAAAGGAACUUGUAUCCAGUAACAGAUAAGUUUGUGCUGUGGGAACUCCCAGCAAUCUGGAGGCCUUUAAUUAACAAGUGUCAUUAAUUUAGGGCACAUUCCAUGGAAAGAUAUAUUCUAAUUUACCUUUUGUUUUAAAAGGUUGUUUUUUGAAUAAAAUAAAAAUUGGCAACCCUAAAAUUAAAAUAGUUUUUGGAAUUUAAAAACCACUGUUCACAGUUAAGUUGUUUUUUUGUUUUUUUUGGUUUUUUGUAAGUAGAGUACAGUAUGUUUUCCCAGCAACAGGUUGGGGGGGGGGGGGGGUAAAUAUCAUUUUUCACUAGAGGUAUAAUUUUUUUUGUGCUAAUUUUUUAUGUGAAGCGCGCUGAACCUGGGGUGACGCGCUACAUAAGUCCACUUAAAUAAUAAUAACAAUAAUAAUAAUAGAGAUAUUGAAAUGUUCUUCAAAUUUGUAACACUCAGCAAUAGCGAGACUCAGUAGCCUUGUGUUGUUAAAAAAUGUUUCGUACACGGUGACUAGAAGAGGACUGGUACACUUUGACUAGAAGUAGAAGAGGAAAGGAAGUUUGAGAUUCACUGGAAUACUUCUUCAGAGUGUGUAAUUUCUUCACUAGCCACAUGCUUAUAAAUUAUUAUUUAAUUUUCUGUGGCAGUCACAUUAUAAAUUAUAACUGUACAAUGUAUUUUUUCAUUAGCUAUCAAUAAAAUCAGCAAUGGGC